AUGGUGAGCCACGUGGCCGCUCUGGCCCCUGCCCUGCCCGAGACAGAUCCGCAGGAGACCCUGGUGGCAGGUGACGGCGCUGGGAAGGGGUAUCCGGAGGCACCAGGGAACAGCGUCGCCGCGCGGGCCCCCACCGGGGUCCCCCCGGCCCGCCCCGCCGCGGCUCUCUUCGGGCCCCCGCUGGAGUCCUUCGAGGCGGAGGAUUUCUCGGCUGCCCUGGCCCCGCAGUCGCGCUCGCUGAGCCCGUCGCCCUCGUGGAGCUGCGGCCCGUCGCACUCGGCGCCCGCCAGCCUGGGCGAGCGCAGCUUCUUCGGCGUCUCGCAGCCGCCGCUCGGGCUGUCACGGGGCCCCAGCCCCGUGGUGCUGGGCUCGCAGGAUGCGCUGCCCGUGGCCACGGCUUUCACCGAGUACGUCCAUGCCUACUUCAAGGGCCGCGAUGCCGACAGCUGCCUGGUGAAGGGCACGGGGGAGCUCACCAUGUCCUUCCCCGCCGGCAUCGUGCGCGUGUUCGGCGCCAGCGCGGCCCCGCCGGUGCUCAGCUUCCGCCUGCUCAACGCGGGCGCCAUCGAGCAGUUCGUGCCCAACGCGGAGCUGCUCUACAGCGACCCGUCGCAGAGCGACCCCAGCACCAAGGACUUCUGGCUGAACAUGGCAGCGCUCACGGGGCAGCUGCAGAGACAGGCGGAGCAGAGCCCAGCGUCCUCCUACUACAACGUGGCGCUGCUCAAGUACCAGGGAUUUACCUGGCCGGCUCCUGAGCGCCGCCUGUCCCGGCCUGUGCAGGGCUCCCCCGCGCUCCCGCCGCGGUUUUUGGAAGGCGACGCAGGGGCCGGAGGCUGCUCGGGAAGGGGGUGCUGCCACCCCAGCAAUGUGCUGGCCGGGUAG